AUGGUCGCAAGUCCCGCCAAGCCGUGGGAGCGCAACGGCGCUACAUCAGUAGCUUCCACGAUCCCUACGGGCGCAUCUGGCGCAGCACAGACGACUGCACUUGCGGGAGGAGGAGCGGGGUCGGCAAUCUCUCCGGGUAUCUCGUCUACCGGUACAAGCGCAGCGAGCGCUGUUGCGGGUGCGCCAGCGUUGCCUGAGCGACCAGCGGGCAUGACCACAGCAACGACAGCGGCAGGGCUAGGCGGCAUCACAUCAUCUUAUACCUCACCCUACGGAGCUGCGACGACAUCACCCUACGGCUCGGCCUACUCGUCACCCUACUCUCGAUACGGCUCGUACGGCGGCGGAUACGGCGGGAUGAGCAGCUACGGCGGCGGGUACGGUGGUUACGGCGGCCUUGGCGGUGGAAUCGGUGGCUCGAUGUACGGCGGGUACGGCGGGUACGGUGGCGGCAUGUACGGCGGCGGGUACGGCAGGGGCGGCUUUCCCGGCGCGCCCGGCAUGUUCCCCGGCGCCGAGAUGUCGCUCUCGCAACGCAUGGAGGUCGGCACCGCAGCGACGUUCCAGGUCCUCCAGUCGCUCGUCGGCGCCGUCGGUGGAUUCGCGCAGAUGCUCGAGUCGACGUUCAUGGCGACCCACUCGUCGUUCUUCGCCAUGAUCGGCGUCGCAGAGCAGUUUGGCCACCUCCGCAACUACCUCGGCCAGGUGCUCAGCAUCUUUGCGCUCCUCCGAUGGUGCAAGUCGCUCUUGUACCGCCUCAUCGGCAAAACUCCUCCCGGUGAAGCCAUCUCCGCCGAAGGGUUCCGGGCGUUCGAAGCGUCGGGCGGAGCAGCACCAGGCGCGCCAGGCUCGCCCGCCAAGCCCAAACUCUCGAAGCGCCCGCUCGCAGUCUUCUUCCUCACCGUCGUCGGCCUCCCCUGGCUCAUGAACCGCCUCGUCAAGCUCAUCACGGCGCGACAAGAGGCCGAAGCUGCGCGACUCGCUGCGGCUGGCCAGCUCCCGCCUCAACAACAGCAGCCGCAGUUUGACGCGUACGGUCGCCCUAUCCCUGCCGCCGUCGCACCCGCGCCUGUCCCCCUCGACCCGAGCCAACUCACCUUCGUCCGCGCCUUGUACGCCUACACCCCUCCCGCCGAAGCGUCAGACAAAGAGCUCGCGUUCGCCAAGGACGACAUCAUUGCGAUACUAUCACCGCCGAAGGAGGAGCGGGACCGCGCGGCGAAGGAGGCCAAGGCUGAGGGGAGGGGGGACGCGACGUGGUGGAUGGGCAGGAAGCGGGAUGGGAAGGUCGGGUGGUUCCCGAGCAGCUAUGUCAGGGAGCUGCCGCUUAACGGGACGGCGACAGCACCGAAGAAGGUGGACGAGGGGGCGGCGAAGGCUGUCGAGGCUGUCAAGGCGACGGCGUGA